AGACGUUUUGUAGAUAUUCAAUGGAUCUCCUCAUUGCUUCUUAUAUCAGAUGAUGUAAAUUUUGCUUCGGAUUUGUCUGAUUUUCGUCAUCGUCACAACAUUAGAAUCAUUUUGGUACAUAGAGGUCAUGCUCAUCAAUCACUUCUUGCUUGUGCUCAUGAACAUUAUGAUUUCUUCAGCAUCACUCUUAACUUGCCAUCAAGAAGUCCUGUAAAGUCAUCUGACAACCGUCCAAUUGAAUUGGAAGUGACAGAUUUGCCAUCACAUAAAAGAGGAAGACAAAUCAAAAACCUUCUUCGAAAAUUAUCAGAUAAUUGUGGAGGGAAAGUAGUUAGUGUAAAUGGAACUACAGCUAUUAUUCGAUUUGCUAAUCCAGAAGCUGCUGAAAGAGCUCAGAAACGGAUGGAUAAAGAAAAUGUUUUUGGCAGUAGAAUAUCUGUUAACUUCCGUUCCAAAAGUGAUCUUGAAUGUAGAGACUUUCCUCCUCGAAAUCAAAAUAAAGAUUCAAGUAAUGAAGCAUCUGUCAGCAGUUGUAGUAGCCGUGACUCUUCUGUUUCUCCGUCAUGUGAAAGAGAAGAAUAUAACUUAAAAUAUGACCAAAAUUCAGCUACACGAAGAAAAUUUGAUUUUCCACCACCUCCCUUGUUAAAUAGCCAAAACUACCCGGCAUUAUUAAGAGCAACACAAAGCGAAACAUUUUCAUCACGAAAGCUUGCUGAAAAUUCACAUUUUUAUUGUAAUGUGGGUAUGGACAAAAUAAAAGAGAGUAAACGUCUUGCAUCAGAUUGGGAAAAUAUGACGCCUUUUUAUCAGUCUCAAAAUAAAAAUCAAGAUAUAUCGGCAUUUGCUUCAUUUAAUAAGGAUCAGGAUUUUAAUCUGAAAGCUAAUAAGUAUUGUCAGAAAAACGUGGGUAGAGUUUCACCAUUUCUCAUGCAAGAUUAUAAUCUGAACACCACCAGAAAUUUUACAGUUCCUGCGAAUGAGCCAUGUAAUGUUUGGCAAAAUUCUAGUCAUGCUGAUGUCUCUAAUACAUUUCUAUGCUAUCCUAAUCAUGAACAUUCUGGCUUAUCUCGCAAACCUUCUGUAUCUGUUAGCGAUAUUCAGAGGAUAAGUGAUCCUGUAACUCAUUCAUCUCAGUGGAAUGGAGCAUCACUGCAUGCUGAUUUAAAUCAAACCGUACCGAGAAAUAAUUCAGUACCUGAUGGAUCACGGUUUGUUGAAUUAAAUGUUUCAAAUUUAGAUUCUUCAUUUGAAGUAAAUGAAAUGAAAAAAAUAUUGCUGUCUACAUUCAGCGAGUAUGUAAUGGUAAGUAUAAGGAGGUCAUCUUUUAUUUUCUGUGUUUAGAUUAGGUCUU